AUGAAUUUUUUUAAAUUUUCAUGGGGUGCAACCUUCGAAACACAAGUCCGUUCUUUUAUCGACCAAACACAGAACAUUUCUGAUUGGACGGAUUUGUACACCCCACUUAACAAUUUGCUUGGAGCUGCUUCAACGAGUCGAAUACCAACACUUCCAUACAAGACGGAAUUUUUAGGAGUUUUAAUAAAAGCGUCCGACCCCGUUUUCCCACAACUUGUUCAUGGUGUUUUAAUCGAUUUAAUCAUCACUUUUUUCAAAGGAUUUACCGAAGAAGAAUUGGAAGAUAAUAUUCAAGUGUUAAUGCCGCCUCUUUUUGUUAUGGGCAAAACAGCACUUCCGCUUAUCAGGGCAAGGUGUAUUGAAGUGGUGCAACAUUUUGUUUUGGUAAGACAACCACUUUUAGACUCGAUGACGGAACCAAUUAUAUCUUGCUUUUCUCAGUCAUUACUCCAACCGCUCAAUGGACUUUCCGAGCUUGCUUUCACUCUUUUUAAAAAUGUGAAGAGCAAGAAUCAAUAUUUAUUUGAAAAGACUAUGUGGGUUUAUUUAUAUACAACACCACACACACGACAAGGUCUUUUACAUUUCAUGGCUUCGACUGUUUACACGCCAGACUUCAGAAAUGUUACUCAAAGUGAUGUGCAUCGUGCUCUCUGUGAAUUGUUGUGGUGUAGUGAUGUCUUGGUAGUCAGCAAAACGCUCGACUUUUUGAACGACAAAAUCCCGAUCAAUUCAGUGGUCUUUUCUGAUGAUCAAAAGACAAAAUUAAUACAAAUUGUCCUCAAACUGUUCACGUCGAAAGACUCUGGUAUCGUUCAAAAAGCGUGUCUCUGGCUUAUCGGAACACCAGAUCAAAACCAAUUCACAGAGAACACUAAACAACUCUUUUUGUGUGGAGUAAACGAGUUAAUAAGUACAUUUUAUGAGACUACAAUUGACACCACACAAAUAUUAGUGUCGAUCGUUAACAACAAAAUGUUGACUGAAUUUGUUGGCAAUUCUCUUGCACUUCCAUUACUCAAAUUGUUCAUAAAAAUUAACAGCAAGAAGUACGACAGGGAGCGCUCUGGAGCAAUUCAAUCAAUUUUGCACACCACGUUCUCUCAGACCUUUUUCGACGUUUUUAAUUCGCUUGAACCCACAGAAAAAAUUGUCUUGGCAAUGUAUUACUUUCCAUCACAAACACAAGUCGAGGAGUACACCAAAUUUGUCAUUUCAUUGUUUAAAACAAUUGUGUUGGAUUACUUCUCCAAAGUCGCAAAGAAAUGCGACCUUCCAAUUUUAGAAGCCGCUCUUGUUAUUAUCAAGAAGCUCAUUUCAAGUCUUCACGAGACUCUUAAGCUUGAAAUAUCCUUUUUGGAAGUGCCCGAGUUAUUAAGAACAGAAUUGAAUCAUUUGGUGCAUGUGUUUAAUGAGAGUGAAAUGUCGACAUUUAGUAACAUGAUGCACUUAGUACAUGCUUUUGCAACAAUUACUCAGAACGAGUCUUUUCACUCCAAACUCUCAGACACACUUUGUGAACAUAUUUUGGCGUCAGAGAAUUUGGCGUCGUCAUUAGUUUGUUGCAAACUCUACUUUAAAUUAGUAAGUGUCUCUCAAAAGUAUACCAAAACAAAUGAAAUUAUUUCUUUUCUUUGGAAAAACGUGUCGACGGGGGAACAAUUUGUGCAAAUUAUAAUUUCCUUGUUGGCUGUAAAUGCGGCGUAUUUGCCGAUUUCUAUUUUUAAAGAGAUCGAAGACUAUGAGCGACUUUUGGUGUGUAUGCACCUCUCUGUGUUUUAUGAGAAGAUGAUCAACACCGAGCAACUCGAAUUUGUCGUCUUUUCAUUGAUGAAAGCAGACACCACAUAUUUCAAAGUCUAUAGAGACUGGUUUGCGUUCUUGAUGACACGCAACCCAACAUUUUUUAUCACUACAAUUCUUUCUGUGUUAAUUCCACCUAAAAAUACAACUGAAUUAGUACAAACCAAUUCGGAAACAGUGAUUAAACUGUUAUAUACGAUCAAAUUAAAUACAACAGAACAAAUAGAAAGAGAGUCGACAUUUGUUAAUUACUUCUCUAAACUGAUUGAAUCGGACAUUCCAGGGUGUCUGGAAUUAUUAAUAUCAGCACAGACAACACAUGUCAUGUUCGACUUACUUGAUAUCUACUCGAUGCCUUCUAAUCAAACAAACACGCCAAUUUCUAUUGUUUUCUUUAUUAUAGAACAAAUCUGCGUUGUCAGAGAAAGCAUCCCAGCAGCAGACUUACUCAUUACAUUGUUCACUAGAUUUGGGCAUUCUAAGGUCAUCACCACUUUUGCCCAAGAAACAUUAAAAGCUGUCGGGCAGUCACUUUCAUUACACACAUUGUCGCCAGUCUUCUCAUCUAAGUUACUUGUUUUGGCUCGAAUUCUUCUCAAGUCCACUUCUGAAAGUUGUACAGAAAGAGCAAACAAUUUGGUGUUACCAGCCAUCGACGCAUUACCCACUACAAUUCUUGUCAAUCCAGAAAUAUUGACAGACCUCGCCUUUUACUCGCCAAACACUUUUUUACCAACUUUGACAACAAAAAUCCUCCCAGAGCUCUUCUUAAAAAUUCCAAUGUUGAUCAAAGCUAACAAUGACACUUUUUAUUCCAAUGUCCUCAAUUUGCUUGGUAUAGUCUGCAGACUGACAGAUAGAGUCUUUGAAGAAUAUCCGCCAUGUUCAACACCAACAAAUUCAAACAUCACUGUCUUUGGAUUUCGAAGAGAGGAGCAUUUUUUCAAGCCACUCAUCUUUGGACUCUUUUCAAUGAUUUUCGAGGUCUACAAUCAACUCAGCAAAAUCCAAAUUAAAGAGAUCGAGAAAUGUGUUAAACAAAGUUUGGUCUCUUUAUUAGAACAAGUCUUUGUGAAUUUCACUGAAAGUUUAUUAGAACACGUUGGAAAUGAAAAGGAACACAGACAGGUAUUCAACACACUCUUUUUGCUCUUUCCAAAGCCAAACGUCAAAUUACUUGUCCUAACAUUCUGUGAGUUGUUUAAAGGAACCAAAAUACCCGAAGAGACGUUAUAUGAAAUUAUAAUACAAAUAUUGCCCGUUGCUUCGCUUGACGAUUUGAUGUCUGUGUUGCCAGAGCUUGUAAAAUUCAUGAACGCAACUGCAACUGCUUUACAAAAAAGUUCGACUUCGAAUUUUUUUAAAUCGCUGAAAUCACUGGCGUCUUGUGUCGAAAUCAAAAACGUUCCUAAAGACCAAUUUUUGAACUCCACCAAUUUUUCAAGUUUGUUUAACACGGCAGUUACGAAAAUUUCUAUUCAAGACGAUUACAAAUGUUUUGUCAGUGAUGUGAUCCCCCUCAUGAUAGCAGUGAAUCAAACAACUAAUGGCUUCGUCACGUUCUUUACCGGAAAUAAUUGUUUGACACCGUUUGUGCCACAACUUGAGAGCUUACUUUCUCAAGGCAAAACGAGUUUUGUUGAUGAUGUGCUUCUACUAUUACAGAAAUCAAAUUUACUGACGGGGAAAUGGCAAAAUAUAGUUGUCUCCAUUUUUACUCAAAAUAACUUUUUCAGUUCAACACCAUCACGUUUAAAAGUGUGGAUGCCUAUCAUCAACACAGUAUUUUCACAACGGAUCGAAUUGGUGUGGAAAGGAUCGAAAGGGUAUUCGAAUCGGAAAGAAGAACCACAUAACCCACUUGAACUUCGAAGAGCAGCUUUUAUAGUCUUAUGUGGGAAAUACGGUGACUUCGACAAAUUAGCAAUGGAGACACUUACCAUUCUCUCACAUUCAAUUUUAUUACCAAAAAUUAGCGAUGAUGAGUUAUGUAGUAUAUUACUCUUUGUCAGAGUUAUUAUUAUCAAGUGUUCCUUUGUGAUGGUUAGGUGUUUGUUUGGCACCAUUUUGUAUCAACUCAUGGACAUUUUAAUGAACAACGGCGAUAAAGAAUACUCUCAAAACACAAUAUUAGAAGCUCUGAAAAUUAUAGACUUUGCCAAUGUUUGUAAUCAAAUAGAUUUUGAUCCAUUAAGAUGGGUAUUUAAUGCACCAAUGACGGGAGUAUCACCUUCACUAUUUCCAAUUAUAAGUAACAUCAUUCCGCCACACUACACCCCUCUUAAUGAAACACCAAAUAUGGCAUGUCCAGUGAUCACUGUACACUCAAUCAAAAAACAAGAAGACACCGUCGAACUUAGAAAAAUUCUUGCAAACUACAACAACCUCCUUUUUGCAGUGAAGACUAAACAACUCGACAUGGACAAGACGCUUGAGUUGUUGCUCAAAGACUUUGUUAUUUGA